UAAUAGCUUCGAAUUAAGAAGUCGCGAAUUUUACUUUCUUAUUAUUAUAAUAAAACUUUAAUGAACCCUCCAUAAUAGAACACAUUAUACAACUGUUGUGUGCAUUUAUUAUAAGAGCAAGAGAAAAAAGGAAAGUGUACCUAUUUGUGAGCAAAUGAACAUGUGUUUGCAAUGUCUUAAAAAAGAAUGAAUAUAACCAGCGAUUUAUUCUCUUCAACUUGCGUGUAUUUUCUUUAACUUAAUAAACCAUAAAAGAGAGCCAAGAAGAAGAGUAAAAAAGCAUACCUUAUGUCUUUUAUUUAUUUUCUUGCUACUAGAUAAAUAAUCAUUCGCGUCUAUGUAUGUUGAAGUCAAUGCAAUUCAAAUGUUUACGAUAAACUAUUGCUUUUAUAAGAGUGUAAGCGAAAAGAAAUUAUUUAGUCGUAUGGACGGGUAGCAGCAAAGUCAAAAAUACAGAAAGAAGAGUAUUGGCUUAAUAAAAGUAUAAUUAAUUCAAAUGAACUGAAUAGGACAAUUGAAUUAAAAACAAAUUCUAAAAAAAAGCGUUAAAACAACUUCUUUUAUUAGUUGGUACAUGUUUUUACUUAAUUUUUUUGUUUUCUCACAAGUUAGAAUUCAAUAAUAACAAUGAAGGUUUGUGUUCAAGAAACUUUAAUGAAUUCAUUGUUUUUGACUUCUGUCACAAUUUAGGUUAAAAUACAAGGCCUAGAGCUCUUAUAAUUAAAAAAAAUCCAACACAUAUGAUAAGAAAUCUAAAUACUGCCGUCAUCCCUGCAUUUAAAUAUACAUAGCUUUGCAGCUGUUAUCACAUUUGCAAAACACCAUUCAGUGUAGAUCCAAUAAAUUGAAAUCUAGUUUUUGUUGAAGAAUCUUUAGCUAAUUUACAGUAUAAUGGAUAGCUCAGAGAAACCAAAAAAAGAGAAUCCACGUCAGUUUGCUCAUAUAUUGUCACAGCUUACGUUUGGUUGGUCUAUACCGUUAUUAUACCGGGGUUCACGUCAAGGCCUAACUGCAGAUGAUCUUACCAAAUGCCUGCCUGAAGAUCUAUCUCAAGACUUAGGUGAUAAAUUGGAAAGAAAUUGGUUUAAAGAAAUUGAAGUUUCGCGUUAUAACAACAGAGAGCCUCAUUUACGAAAUGCGAUUCUUCGAACAUUUUAUCGCUCCGCUAUUGUAGACGGCAUCAUCUGUCUUGUUUAUAUUGUACUUAAAUCAGUAAUACCCGCUGUUUUGGCUCAAUUGCUAUUGCAAUUCGAAAGACCCUCGGCUAUUAGCAAUAAUUCACUGCUUUCGAAUACCACUCAUCACCGUCAUAUACGUUCAAUAGUCUCGACCAGGGGUAACAAUGAAGAUAACGUCAUUUCACUUAACAAAAACGAAGCGACUGCACAAAAGUUGCCAUCAACGAAUUCAAAUAGUACUCAAAUAGAGGAAGAGAACUGGGAAUUUGUAGAAAAUUUUAAUGAAAUUCUUCACUUUAUCUGGAACGAUGUGCAUUGGUUAGGAGCUAUCCUAGUUUGUUCAACAUUGUUGGGAUGUUUUCUUAUACAUCAUGUGGAUUUACGUCAGAGAUUGUUAGGUGCACGCAUGCGUAUAGCUUGCUGUUCGUUGAUUUAUAGGAAAACAAUAGCGAUGUCUAUGAGGUCCGCUGGACAAACACCAGCCGGAUAUUUAAUAAAUCUUCUAUCAAACGAUGUUAAUCGCUUGGAUUACGGUUUUAUAUUUGUCCAUUGGAUUUGGAUCAUGCCAAUACAAGCCGUACUAAUAUGUUAUCUCAUCUCGACGCGAAUUGGGUUAGCUGCGGUAGUUGGUGUUGUAGGUUUGCUGUUGAAAACUAUACCCGUUCAAACGGGACUUAGUAAAUUGGCUUCGAAGUUACGUAUGAAAAUCGCUGAACGUACGGACGCUCGGGUUGGCAUUAUGAACGAAUUGGUCCAAGGCAUACAGGUAAUCAAAAUGUAUGCUUGGGAAAAGCCUUUUCAAACAGUAGUGAAAGAAGCCCGAAGACGUGAAAUAAAACAAAUACGUUAUGCUUCUUAUUUGCGAGGUUUCUACUUAAGCACAAUGGUUUUUACGGAACGUUCCACACUUUACAUAACAAUAGCGGCAGCGGUAUUCAUGGGCAAUACGAUUUCGGCAGAUAUUGUUUUUGCAAUGGCCGGCUACUAUAAUAUAUUGCAGUUAGUCGCUGCUAUUUGGUAUCCUUUGGCGGUAUCUUUUGGUGCUGAAGCUCUAGUCUCUUUAACACGUAUACAAGCAUUUUUACAACAAGACGACUGCGAGAACAGAACUCGCGGAAUUACCUAUAAGAUGGAUCGUAUGAGUAGUAGUGGUAAUGUUAAAGCUGUGGUUAUUCAAGAAGCUACUGCAAAAUGGGAUCCUAGCAAAGUAAAGCUUACUCUCGACAAGAUUGAACUUUCAAUACCUAAGGGAAAACUAUGCGCCAUUGUGGGCCCUGUAGGUGCUGGAAAGAGUUCUAUUAUGCAACUUAUACUGGGCGAAUUACCUUUAACAGAUGGUGGAGUUGUCAUUAAUGGAACCAUUUCAUAUGCUGCUCAAGAGCCUUGGCUGUUCUCGGGUACGGUGCGGAAUAAUAUCUUAUUUGGUGAAGAAUACACUAAAGCACGUUAUCGAGAGAUAACUAAAUGCUGUGCUUUAUCAGCGGAUUUCGAGCAAUUGCCGUACGGUGAUAAAACAAUUGUAGGUGAACGUGGUGCGUCUCUGUCGGGAGGACAAAGAGCUCGCAUUAGCUUGGCACGGGCCAUUUAUAAACCGGCCUCGAUUUACCUUUUAGAUGAUCCCCUUAGUGCAGUUGAUGCCCACGUAGGCCGCCACCUGUUCGAAGAGGUUAUUGGACCAAGAAGUUGCUUGGCUCAGCAGAAUGUUACUCGCAUUCUUAUUACACAUCAAGUGCACUUUCUCAAUGAAGCAGAUUGGAUAGUUAUUAUUGAAAACGGCCGCAUAUCCCGUCAGGGCACAUAUAAGGAACUGAUCAUAAGUGAAUUAGACUUCGCCAAGCUGCUAGAGCGUCCCCAAAGAGAAAACAGCAAAAGCGAAAGCACCACUUCCAACUCGGAAGAAUAUUCGAAUAAAGAAGAAGAAGACAUUCCCUAUAUAGAUGGAGUGCGUGAAAACGGCUACCAGCCAUUAAGAAGAGCAAGUUCAAAUGAAGGAUCUCAGUCAAGGAAUUCAGAAAAUGCAGACGCCGAAUUAACUGAUAAGAUAGCGGCAGAAGAGCAAGCUGGUGGCGGCGUUAGUUUACGUGUUUGGAAUGCAUACUUUCGAGCCGGUAGCACGUUGGUGGGCUUAUCUUUCAUGGUGUUCGUUAUGUUGCUAUCACAAAUUGUGUGUAGCGGCUCAGAUUAUUUUGUAAAUAUAUGGACGCAGCAGGAGUAUCUGCGUUCUAUCAAUGAAACAACUAUCUUAACAACCUACGAAUGCUUAUACAUUUAUGGCGCUUUAAUAGUCGGUGUAGUGAUUAUGACAAUCUUUCGGGGAUUUCUGUUCUUCAAAGUGUGCAUGCAUGCCUCUAAAAUAUUGCACGAUCGUAUGUUUUAUUCCAUUCUGCAUGCAGUCAUGAAAUUUUUUGAUUCCAAUCCUUCUGGACGCAUACUAAAUCGUUUCUCUAAAGACAUGGGUGCAAUUGACGAGUUUUUGCCCAAAGCUAUGAUGGACUUUAUACAAAUAGCUUUGGUCAUGAUUGGUAUACUUAUAGUGAUUUGCGUUGUUAAUCCCAUUCUAAUGGCUGCUAUAGCGAUAGUAACAGUCCUAGAUAUUUUAAUCUUGCGUCUAUAUUUGCGUCCAUCACAAGAUCUAAAGCGCUUGGAAGGAAUCUGCCGUAGUCCGGUGUUUUCCCAUUUAUCUUCCUCAUUGUCCGGUUUGGCUACAAUACGUUCACGCAAUUUACACAAGAUAGUAAUUCGUGAGUUCGACGAUUUGCAAAAUGUUCACAGUGCUGUCUGGCAAUUGACAAUGGCAGCCAACACUGCUUUGGGGCUUUGGUUAGAUUGCGUUAGUUGUUGCUUUCUAACUUCCGUAACAUUCAGUUUUAUUGUGUUAAGCCAACAAACAUAUAGCGGUAAUGUUGGCCUAGCAAUUUCCCAAGCAAUGAUUCUAACCGGUAUGGUGCAAUAUGGUGUCAGGCAAGUAGCCGAGUCUUUGCAACAAAUGACAAGCGUAGAACGUGUUCUGCAAUACACUGACAUAGAACAAGAGAGUGAUUCAAAUAAACCUCCCCCUAACGUAUGGCCAAGUCAUGGUCUAAUCGAGUUUCGAAAUGUUUACUGCCGUUAUGAUCCGAACAAAUCUCCCAUACUUAGGGAUUUAAAUAUAAUCAUUGAACCAGGCUGGAAAGUUGGCAUUGUCGGGCGUACCGGAGCGGGAAAAUCGUCUUUCAUUGGAGCUCUCUUUCGAUUGACCUAUAUUGAAGGAUCUAUAUUAAUUGAUGGCAUCGAUACUAACUCCAUAUCACUAGAAACGCUCCGAUCAAAAAUCUCUAUAAUUCCACAAGACCCGGUUCUAUUUUCAGCAACAAUACGCUACAACCUGGAUCCAUUUGAAAAAUAUUCAGAUUCCGAAUUAUGGCGAGCAUUGGAGGAUGUUGAAUUAAAAGGCGCUAUUCCUGGUUUAGAUUUUAUAGUAACUGAGCGUGGCAGUAAUUUCAGUGUAGGCCAGCGUCAACUGCUAUGCCUAGCCAGAGCGAUUUUGCGCAAUAACCGUAUUUUGGUGCUAGAUGAAGCCACGGCGAACGUUGAUCCGCAAACUGAUGCUCUUAUACAACGCACUAUACGUCUAAAGUUCAAGCACUGUACGGUGCUAACAGUGGCUCAUCGUUUACAGACGGUAAUGGAUUCAGAUCGAAUAUUAGUAAUGGACGCGGGCCUAGUGCGGGAGUUUGAUAAACCAUACAUUCUAAUGAAAAAUUCACAUGGCACGUUAAGGCAAAUGGUAGAAGCAACGGGUUCGGAAGCUGAAAUGCUUAAAUAUAUGGCCAGUCAAGCCUACAGAAAACACAAAAUUUGAAGCCUUAGUUCCACACAAAUCUACUUAAUAUUGUUAACUUACAGUACUUACAAUCUUUCAUUUUUUUUUUUAUCACCUAAAGUCGACAAUAUAAGCUGGUCUGCUGACUUAGAUUUACAAUUGUUAAGAAUAAAGUUUUAUAUUCUUGGAAAUAUUUAACAAAAUAAAUUUCAACUUUUCAAUAAAAAAAGCA